AUGAACACUACACCAUCACUAUCACUAUCACUUCACAACAACAGCAACAGCAACAGCAAUAGACAAUCAAACUUUAUCAAUAAUUUGAAGCCACCAACUACGAUAACAUCAUCAAAGAGUAGUGACAACAACAAUAGCAAUAGCAGUAGUGGUAUGAACAAGCCGCUCAGCCUAAGCGCAAACCCGCUUACGUUGAAGCCAACAACACAACAACUCAAACUACCAUCAAGGCCAUUAUCAUUGGGUACAACAGUUUCACUCAGCACUUCAUUACUUUCAAAUGGACAACAACAUCAACAUCAACAGCAACUACAUGUUGGCUUCAACAAUACAUUGAUAUCAAAUGGUUCCUCUGCCCCUUCUCCUGCUCCUGCUCCUGCCCCUGCACUAGGGGCAACAAUAUCAGACGUUACAGAGUUUGACUUUGACUUUGAUUUUGAUUCAGCGUCAGUGGAUAAUGGAGGCAGCAGUGGCAGCAGUGGCAGCAGCGGCGGCAGUAGCAGCGGCAACACAAGUAGCACGACGACCACGUCCACGAGUUCAAAUACAUUGUCUCUUCCCAAGUUUAGCAACAGCAUUCAACUACCCAAGAAGUUGACAUUGAAUAACAACAAUGUUAGCAUUGGUACUGUCAAUCUGAAUCGCAUCGGUGGCAUCAGCAGCAGUCUAAACUUCAACAGCAACAACAACAACAACAUUGACAAUCAACUAUUCAAUAUACAACAACAUCAAUAUAAUGUGCGCGUAGAGAUAACACUAAAGUUAAUCUCUGAGCAUGAGUUCAGUUGUGUGGAUCCCAAUAACCAGGCGAUCAAGAUGGUCUUUGGCAAGAUUGAUGGUGCGCGCUCCGAACAACAUCAGACCACCCUUUGGUGGAUAUUCCCAAUCAAUCAAUAUCAUGUCCUCAUCAGAACACUGCAACAGAACUUUAGAACGGGGCUCACUGUCGUGCCCCUGCCACGCCACAUUGUCAACACAUUCGUGGUCCAGCCCUUCAUACCCGAUGCGCCUGACUACUCCCGCAUCCCGCCACAGCUCAUGAGCACUCUGCUACCAUUCCAGCGUAAGGGUCUCGAGUUUGGCAUCGAGAAGAAGGGCAAAUGUAUCAUUGGUGAUGAGAUGGGUCUUGGUAAAACGAUCCAGGCCAUUGCACUAUCCUACUACUAUCGAUCAGAGUGGCCACUACUCAUCAUCACUCCAUCAUCACUCAGAAUGUCAUGGGCCGAUUCCUUUGAAAAGUUCCUUCCAGGUCAUGUUAAGGCAAGAGAUAUCAAUUUGAUUAUGAAUGGCAAGUGUGGAGUCAAUGGAUUGAUCAAUAUUAUAAGUUAUGAUUUGGUCAAGAGGAAGCUUGAUGAGAUCAAGUUGAAGUCAUUCAAAGUGGUGAUUGCCGAUGAGAGCCACUUCCUCAAGAGCUUCCAGACACAGAGGACCAGAGCCACAAUGGAGGUCAUGAGAAUGGCCACCAGAAGAAUCCUGCUCACUGGCACACCCGCCACCUCCAGACCAUGCGAGCUCUAUCCUCAGCUCCAAUGUGUUGCGCCAGAGUUUAGCAACUACCGAUGGACAGACUACACAAACAGAUAUUGUGCUGCAUUUAUGGAUAGGGGACAUAUUAACUACUUUGGAGCAUCCAAUGUAAAGGAGUUGAACUUGUUCUUGAACAAACAUAUGAUACGUAGACUCAAGGAUGAGGUGUUGACAGAGUUGCCAGACAUGAGGCGUGAGAAGAUCAUGGUGGAGGUGAAGAAGACGGAUAUGAAGAAGAUCAAGCAGACGAUGGAUGAGAUAAAGGAUGCCAAGGGUAUCAUAAUGAAGACCACAGACAUCAAAGAGGGAAGGAGUACCUCUGGCAAGAGGAGCUCUCUGUUCAUGAAGUUGUUCAGAGACACUGGUCUUGGCAAGCUGGCUGGCGUCAGCACGUACCUGACGGACGUGCUCGAGGACUUCCAUGGCAAGGUCCUGAUCUUUGCCCACCACCAGCCUGUGAUGGACGGCUUGGAGAAGCUGCUAAAGAAGCUCAAGGUGUCAAUGUUUAGGAUCGAUGGACAGACGCCCGCCCACACUCGCGCCGAGUACGUCAAUCUAUUCCAAGCGGAGAAGAGCGAGAUCAAGGUGGCGCUGCUCAGUGUCACUGCGGCCGGCACCGGUCUGACCCUGACCGCAGCCAGUCUCGUCAUCUUUGCCGAGCUAUAUUGGACGCCUGGCACUCUGUUCCAGGCUGAGGCAAGAGCUCAUCGUUAUGGCCAGAAGAACGCAGUGUUGGUACAGUACCUCAUUGGAAAGAACACUGUGGACGAGUCUAUUUGGAGCAUGAUCGAGUCAAAGAAGGACAUACUUGGAAGGAUGUUGGAUGGAGAGAGCUCAGUGCUCGAGGUCGAUGAAGUGAGCGACUUAAUAGAGGCCAGGCCGGGCGCAGUCGAUGGCUAUUUGGACGACAUUAUACAAGGAAUCGAGGACAAGGACGCAGAGAGGAAGCGAAGGAUCGAUGCAAAGAAAGAGAAGCAGAGGCUGAAGGAAGCCAACAAAGGAGGAGUGAGCGAUCUCAACCAAGAUGAAGAUGAAGAUGAUGAUGUUGGUGGUUAUCGAUACGACGAUGAUGACUUUUUGGAUAGCGACAUUGAAGAGAACAGUCUGUUCAAUCCAAAAGAUGACGACGACGAUGAAGAUGUCGUUGAUGAUGACAACUGGGACGACAAUGACUCAUCAACGAACAAGGGCAAGAAAGGGAAGAAGACCGUGGGCAAGAAACAGACCACAACAACAUCAAAGUCAAAGAAGGGUGCGGCUUCAAAGAAGAGGGGUACAUCCAAGACAUCAACUACCACUACCACUACAUCCACAAAGAAGAAGAGAGGCCUGGCAAACAAGGACGACCCUGGUGUUGACAUUGCCGACGACCUAGACUUGGACUACAACCACGCAUUCACUACCUAUGAUGAUCAUAACAAUGGCAAUGGCAAUGGCAAGGACAAGGACAAGGACAAAUGGGGUGGCGGUACAAGUGCCUAUCCAGACAAGAAACGUCGAGUGGGCAGCGGCUCCGAGAUCAUCGUCGACAUGGAUGAGGAGUUUGAAGAUCUGUGCCAUGUUGACCUCACCGAUCAUGCCAAGCUCGAGCUGUUUCGAUUCAACAACAAAGAUUGA